UUAACUGUUGCUCUUUAGAAAGUGGUACUGGCUCAUGUAACACCAUUGAUAUAGUUUGAAUUCCGUUUUGUUUCCUUACAGCUGAACUGCUCGCACGCCUACCUGGACAACAAGAAUAUUGAAUGGACGAUUUCGAUCUUGCAAAUGUUCUUAUGAUUAACAUGUCUCAUCUCAGAACAUCUAACACAAGCUGUGUUGAAAAUAUUUCAAGUAAUGAAACUGAAACUUACUACAGAGACACAAUUCUUCCUUCGCCAUUGGUUGUACUUUUUGCCCUCAUGUCCUUGAUAAUUGUGGCAGUUAAUAGCCUCGUAAUCUUCUUGAUCCACAAAAAGAAAUCGCUGAGAACACCCACCAAUAUGUUUCUUACUUCACUGGCGCUUUCAGAUCUCAUGGCAGGUCUGGUGGGAAUUCCUCUUCUUGUCAUCUGUUCGGUGAAAGAUGUCAUGAAAGUUUGCGUGUCUUCGACCAUUUUCAUUCGAUUCACCGCCAUCUCUUCAGUCUGCCAUGUUCUGCUCGUCGCCUGUGAUCGUUAUAUUUUUAUAGUUCAUUGCAUGAAGCAUCAUUCCCUUGUAACGAAACGGCGAGCGAUCGUUGCCAUUAUUUUUGUGUGGCUGCUUUCUCUGGCAUCUUCCCUUGUUCAGUUGUCUUGGUACAUAUUUCAUGGCAUUGCCGUUACUGGAUAUGAAGAUGUAACAGAAGAUCACAACAAGAGAUACAGUCUUGCUUGCAGCGUGCUGUUCUUUGCAGUUCCUUUGUUGUUAAUGUGCUAUAUUUAUGGACGCAUAUUUUUCAUUUCAUUUAAACGUAACACACGUGAUCGUCGGUUGAGCAAGAAUCUUCAGCAACCCGGUCGAUCAUUACUUCAUGAGUGGCGAGGACGCAGUGUUUUGUUGAUCACAAUAGUGAUUUUCGCUGGCUUUUGGUUGCCGUUUUUCCUGACCGUGCUUCAUGACUACAUGGAACCUUCAGAGGACCUUUCUAUGUCAGUUUGGGCGCAGCGCCUUCUAGUAUUUGCCGGCUUUGUUCCUCCGAUACUAAACCCAAUCCUGUGCACACUGGCCAAGAAAGACUUCCGUCGUGCACUGAGAGAAUUGUUAUUCGGAAGAAAAGCAUGGCAUCAUUGUGAGCAAAACGUGCAUUUUCAUGUCUCUAGUAACCGCUUCACUGUAUCGAGCGUUUUAGAACUUGAAUGAAAAGGAAGCGAAGACUGGGCAAGGAUUUGUCCUUACGGAACAGAACAGCCACAUUCGCGAUGGCCUUAUACGGUCAGGAUGCUGUUAUUCUCUUUCACCCGUCCGAUGUACAUUUAUGCAGUUUGCCAGGAGGAAAAGUCGUGCAACAUCGCAAAAGUCGUUGCUUAUUUUGAGUUUACAAUUCGUCACUUUUUGAUUGCAGAUACGUUCUGAAAAGGACUUGGAUCAGUUUCCAAAUACAUUAAAAGAGGACAAUUGUGAUCACGUUUAAAGCCAAAACCCCAGCAUAGCUAAAAUGCUAAUGUAUUCAAUUUUCUUUUCAAUUUUUUAUAAAAGAAAAUUGCUCGUUUCGAAAAACAAUAUUGCGCCCCUCAAAACUUCUAGAAACCUCACUAGGGUGGGCCCGAUAUAGGUAUGAUUAAAGCUUUGUUUCUCUUUAAGUUUUCAGUCAUCAACACGCUUGCACUUAUUGUCAUAAACUUGUCACUUUAUUUGGUACAUGUAAGUCUAAGAACAACAAUUAAACGCCUGGAUGUUUCUUGGU